AUGAAGGUUGAACCAAUCAAAUUGAAGAUGAAGAUGAGGAUAAUUCAUGAACAGAAGAAGACAGACGCACAUUGUUUCGAAUGGCAUUGGCACGACGGUUUGCAAUCAGAGAACGAUGAUGAUGAUGAUAGGCGGAGAUCAAAGCACAUCAAGGAGGAGGUUGAGCCGAAGAAGGCGAGGUCGAGGAAUCAUGCGGCGCUGAAGUCGGCAGAAAGAAUGAAGAAGGUUGUAGUUUGCCUCAGCGGAUCAAAGAUUGAGAGGAGCAGAAUCACCGUUGUUGUUCUCUAUCGAAGAAGAAGAGCUUUGUUCAUAGAAGUCCAAAUGUCACAACUAAAUCCUAUCCUUCUUAAAACGAAGCGUUUUUCAUAUGGAGAUGGGACUUAG